CCUUCCCCUCCCUUCCAGCCUCCUGGGCAGGCGCAGAGCUAGAAGCACUUUCGGCGCAUGCGCAUUCUAGAGUGACGGCGGCGUUCUUUCCUCUUUCUGGCUUCCGCUCCCGGAGUGCUCCGCGCCGCAUCAUGGACCACAGCGACAAUGAUUUACAGGGGACGAACAGUAUGGGAUCUCUGAGUGGACUGGACGUCAGACGACGGAUCCCAAUUAAACUGAUUUCCAAACAACCGAACAAAAAUAAACUCUCGGCUCGACCAAUGAGAAAUAUGAACAGGAUCCCCUCAAAGCCGCCGCAGGGAGAAGAAGGUUUUGAUUAUAAUGAAGAUGAAAGGUAUGACGGUAAAGGAAGUGAUAUGUUUGGCAAUCAAAGAAGGUUUCCUGCUCAUGUUUUUUGGGACUUUAAGCUUAAUCUUAUUGGAGAGAAGGAUGAUACUCCUGUUCAUUUCUGUGACAAAUGUGGCCUGCCAAUCAAAAUAUAUGGACGGAUGAUACCUUGCAAGCACGUUUUCUGUUAUGACUGUGCUUUGCUCCAUGAGAAGAAGGCAGAUAAGCUUUGUCCAGGAACACUUGUUGAAGAAAGUACUGACUCCUAUAAACGUGUGAGCUGUAAUGAUCCAGUUCAGAGAAUUGAGCAGUGUGCACGUGGAACGCUCUUUAUGUGCAGUAUUGUGCAAGGAUGCAAGAGAACGUAUCUGUCCCAGAGAGAUUUGCAGGCGCAUAUUAACCAUCGCCAUAUGAGAGCAGCGAAGCCAGCCACUCGGCCUCCGCCUGAACCAAUUCAUCCUCCAAUGGCUCCACCACCCACUGAUUUGGCUGAACGUUUCAUAAUGCCCCCAGACAAGCACCUUUUGAGUCACAUGCCUCCAAAGCAGCACAUGCUAAUGCCCCCACCCCCUAUUCAGCAUGUGCCUCAUGAACAUUUUAAUCAGCAACACGAAGAUAUGCGUGGUUCUCCUGCAGAAAUGUCCAUGGCUCCACCUCGCACUGUUCCUCAAGAUGCUUUCAGAAUUAAUACGAGAAAACACAGCAAUUUAAUAACCGUACCUAUUCAAGAUGAUUCCAGUUCUGGGGCUAGGGAAGCUCCUCAAGGACCUGGUCCAACUCUUCACCACCCUGAGUAUCCUGGUCAACCAGUAGUAACUCAUCCUCAUCAUAUUAUGCCUCCACAGCAACAUUAUGCACCACCACCUCCACCACCACCCCCUAUAAGUCAUCCAAUGCAACACCCACCUCAAGGAGCUGGUACACCUCACAUGGUGUACAGCCAAGGACCCCCACCACCUUUGACAACUGCUCCACCACCAAUUACACCUCCACCUGGACAUAUAAUUGCUCAGUUGCCACCCUACAUGAAUCAUCCUCCUCCUGGACCUCCACCACCACAACAUGGUGGCCCACCAGUAAAUGCCCCUCCUCCACAUCAUUAUAAUCCUAACUCUUUACCACAGUUUAGUGAAGAGCAAGGAACUCUUAGCCCACCCUUUACACAGCCUGGGGGAAUAAGCCCAGGCAUAUGGCCUGCACCAAGGGGACCUCCACCACCUCCACGAAUGCAGGGUCCUCCAAACCAAGCCCCUAUCCCUGGGCCACAUCAUCCCGAUCAGGCUAGAUAUAGGCCUUACUAUCAAUGAUUUAUCUUUUGAACUCCUAGAUUUUAUUUUUGUGCUUGAUUAUAUUGAACUUGCAUUACUGUUUAUAGACAGUACUUUUUUGGAUUCAGAUAUGUAUAUACAGUUUUUCUCCUGGGUCAAUAUACAUUAACCUGAAACAUUCUUAAUUAUGAAAUGUGUUGACACAGUAUAGUGUGACUUGUAUUUUUUUUCCCCCAUGCAUAGCACUAACAGUUUAAAAUCUUUUACCACUGCUUCAGAUUUUUUUUACAUUUUCUUUUACAGCACAUUGUGGUAGUUAAAUUGUUCGAUAUGAAUGUAUAUUUACAUGUACAGUUGUAUUCCUUGCCCUUUUAAAUGGUGUGAGUUAAAAUGCAGUAAGGACUGCUGUGCUGUAGUCUGGUACUUUUACCAGCGGUUAAAUAAAUAUACUUUGCUACAACUACCAGAUAUUAAUAUCCAUUUUAUGUUGUCUAAUAAGUUUAUUUUGUACAUAUUACAUGAAGACACAACUGUGCAGCAGGUUUCUUCUUGCACAAUAAAAAAAUUGUUUAGUAAUUUUUAAUUGCAAGGUUAGGUUGUGUAUUUUUUUUUUUUUUUUCAAGCUGAUUCUGAGCCUAAAUCCAUUAUGGGUAUCCACUCCGUAGUUCAAAUGAAUUUCCACUGCAGAUUUGACGUCACAACUUGUCAGACAGCCCACUAGCUGUAGAAUUUAGUGAUCUGAAUGUACCCGGCAGGAAACCUAAGAUUUAUGUACUAGCCCUAUAAGUGAUAUCAGCAUUUUCUCAGUGUACACAACAGGAUUGCUUGUAUCGUGAAUAUACAAUCUGCAUUAAAAAAUAUGCUGUAUUGUGUUAUUGGCUGCAUCAUAGAUGUGUCCUUCCUUACCUUUCCUCUUGGCUCAAGAUAUCCCUAUAGCCUCAUGCACGCAACUGUAGGUCCGCAAAUUAUGGAUACCAGCCAUGUUCUUCCCGCACUUCCCUCUGUCUCUAUUAUAGAAAUGCUUAUUCUUGUCCGCAAAACGGACAAGAAUAGGACAUUCUAUAGUUUGCAGAAAAGACACUUGGAUGCAGACAGCACACUGAUGACAU